CGUACGCGGUGGUGCGCUCCGAGUGAGCUGGACGGUGACGAGAGCGCGGCAAGGCUGCGGCGUGUUGUGUGGAAUCGCCACCUUGGGCGCCGACAUGUGGCUGCUGGUCGUCACGCUCUUCUCGUACCUGGGCUCAGGCCUCAGCGACUGCUUCUUCCCGUUCGAGUAUCAUGGCACAUACGCUGUACAAAGCGCCAGAAAUCAGUACUCGGAAGUGCUGAUAGAGAUCAACAGGAUACUGCCGUACGGCGUGUGCCACAGGAGGAUCGGCAACAACCUGAUACUACGCGACUCGAGUAACGGCUGCCUGCGCUGCUUCCACCUGGCCAUCCGCUCGGCCAACGUCCUGCAACUUCACACGCGGGAUCCGCAGAGCAGCUGCGCCACCAACCUCAACGACACAUUCAAACUGUGUCCCACCGUCGACGAGAUGAGCUCGCCGCAGAGGAUGAACCGCAGCCGCAUCCACGAGCUCAUGAUGUACAAGGUGAAGACUCGGAGCCACGAUCCGCACGUACAUCAGGUGUACUGCCCGAUCAGCGGCCGCUUCUCCUUCUCGUACGACAUCGCCGACGGCACAGAGAGCGCGGCCGCGUGUCCGGACUCGCGCUCCCAGAUCUCGAACUGUCCGUACGGCUUCGGACUCCACCUCCGCUUCAGUGACUGCUCGUUCAGACAGGACCUCAACAUGACGUUCCAAUGUCUUGGAGACUGGCAGGACAACAACGGCAACAACUUCAUGGCCCUGCUGGACGCUGAGGCUUUCGAUGACAAAAGGCCUCGCUACCGAUGCGCGAUGUACCGCAAGGAGGCCGGCACGGGUCGCAUCUACAUGGCACUCUCGUCCGACUCGUCUUGCCACCGGGACCUGGUGAGCGCCACGCGCGGCUACGAGCGCCUGGUGCUGGACGCCAGACCCAGCCAGCCGUGGCCGCUGGCCGUCCGCCAGGCCUCCUGCUCCUUCCCCGACUGGGCGCAGGGACACUGGCAGCACUCGCACGUCGACGGCGACACCAUGGUCUACAAGGACGCCAAGAACUUCAAGACACACACAGCGCGCUGCAUCGCCGGCCACGACGAGAAAUACGUCAUCUACUCCCGCUCGCAGUGCGGCGAGGAGGCUUACAACUGCAUCUGGCUGAAGCGGAGAGGCAACAACGUCAUGGAGUUUCAGCUAGGUCUCAGUCCGGCCAUCACGGCCAAUGACGACAUGUGCGAGCCACACCAGUUCCUCGAGACCGGCUGGAUUACGCAAGGACGGAAGCGGAUUCUUCAGGAAGCCUCCUGUCCCGUGGCCGGAGAGUACGAGGGCAUCAUCCCCAACACGGACGGCCAGCUCUGUGCCAAGCUCUACUCGGACUGCAACAACCCUGACAUCAUGUUCUACACCGUGGUCAGCUGCCUGAAUGCCUCGGACAUCUAUGAAGAGCGCGAGUACCGGUGUCUGGGCACGUGGUCGGAGGGGGACGUCAUGUACACGUACACGCAGCGGCGUGACGUCCUCUCGUACGAGUGCUUCGCCGGCCGCGUCAUGGCCGACGGGCGCGUCUUCAUCGGCGAGGCCGGCACCGACGAGAGCUGCCAACGCCGCGUUGACCCCACGCGCACCGGCAUGCUCAUCACUAAGACUGCGGCGUGCUACAACAUCGGCGUGGUGGUCCCGACGACGGCGGCGCCGGCGCCGGCGCCGCCCAGCCGGCGCACGCGGCCGCCGUCACCGCCCCCGCGGUUGCCGGCGUCGACGCGGGGCCGUCCCACCAAGCCGCCGGUCCCAGAGCGGACCGUCACCCGGCCCUGGAAGCCCAUCACUGCUCGUCCCGGCACGCAGAGCUCCGGGAGCAGUCCACGCUCGUCGCUGUGGGCGUGGGUCGUCAUGGCAACACUGGUCACAGCUGUCCGGCUCUAGUCCGCCGACCGGCGCUUGUUCAGUGCCGCUUCGUCCGAGCUUUGUCGGUGACCUAUGUCGGGUCAGGUCACACGAGACUGGUGGAACUGGACAGUGAUGGCGUGCAACUAGAUCGGAUCGUCGGCCUCAGUUCUGCUGCCGCCAACGAUCCCGAUGUUCCUGUGCAAGUCAGUGCAUCACGUUAUCCUCAUCUGUGAUAUACGAGUGUAGGCGUUGUGUUUGUUCCUCUGAUUUCCUUUGUUGAUGAGCUGGUUCUCUUCUGGGCAGAAGCGAGCUCUGCGGUGAGCCGUGAAGUGCGUACGUGCUGCCGGGUGUUAGGCCUCUGUGGUGUGGAGCUGUAUAUACGAUUGCAUCACAUAUCCAUUUUGACGGGAUGCAUACGGCUUGGAUUAUCUAUAGUUAGCCUCGCGCUAAGUAUACUGGAUACCAUUGAUGGAUAGGCACAGACCUCAGAGGAGAACGAAUGCGAUUAUGUACAAAAGAUAUUUGUAUUGUCGCUCACUCUACUGCUAAGAGUAUCACAUAGCUGUGAUUGUGAUACCGUGUUGUAACAGUGACGCAUAUUGGUGUGUUUAUGCCCAGUGUUUUUGUGGCGAUGCGUAACUAAGACAGACGUAAUACAGAUAUGACAUGAGA